AUGAUGAAGGGACUGGUGGCUAUCGGGAUGGAGGGAGUGACAGAGGGACUGGCUGCUAUCGUGACGGAGGGGUCGGUGGUUAUUAGGGAGAGGAGGGAUAGAGAAGCGAGAGGGGAUACCCGUGGUAGAGGGGGUACCCGAGGAGGAGGGGGUGCCCGUGCAGGGGAUACUCAAGGACGUCGAAGUGAAACUGAAAGAGGAGAGGGUGUCGGAGGUGGAGUUAUUACCCAAGAUGAUGUCACCCGAGGCAGAGGGGAUACCCGGGGAUGUCGAGGGAGUACCGUAGGAGGAGAGGGUACCGAAGGUGGAGGUGGUACCCGAGAGGACGCCAGACGUAGUCUUUGUGUCGGAGGAGGUGGUCUAGAUAACGGGCGAGGGGGUGGUCCUGAUGGCUGA